UGCCUCUGGUGAAUAAGAAGGUUGGACAAAAUUUCAGACGGAAGUGUUCCCCUGACAGAUCAAUCUGCAAGUUUGAGGAUCUCAAACGUCGUCGCAACAGCCGGUAACAUUCAGAGGAAUCGUGUUGUCAGACAACCAUUGUAAUACGAAGUAAAAAUGGCGCUACGUGCUACGUUCUGUUCUAUAUUUCUGCUGGCCGAGCUCCUGUCUAGCUUCCAGGUUUAUGACCUUUUAGUUUCGGGUGAAAAUGUCACGGAAAUACCGGAGGAUGCGCCAGUCGGUAGCACGGUGGUGCGGCUGAGAGAUUCUCUUGUUGCCGCCAGCCUGGUUAGUUCUGCAGACGACGCCAACGGGACGUUUUGGUCAGCAAACAUCACCACGGGGAACGAUUGGGGGCGGUUUGAAGUUCGUGGCGAGGACUUGGCGUUGGUGGUAGCGGCUCCGCUGGACUACAAGUUACACUCACGGUACAACCUGAUGGUGGAGCUGACAAACACCGAGAACAACAACGUCUUGUACGUGACCCUCGUAAUCGUAGUCACAGACGUGCCUGGAUACCCGCCAUUCUAUAACAAACGGUGUGAAACGCCAGUCCUUACAGAUAAAAAGAGGGACGGGGGCUAUACUCUAGUCCGAAGUGACGGGUAUACCGUUUCCAUUGGAGGGGAGAUAGUUAGAUCGUUCGACGACUAUCUUCAUGCCCUUGAGGUGAAACGCAGCGCCGCAAACCUGGUCUUAACAGGCGAUUGUUCCGUAAGGUUUGUCGUCACUUUAGAGACCCUGUUCAAAGAGUAUUUAUCAUUACAAAUCGUGUUCAAUAAUGAUACUCAAGGUAGAGCCGAACUUAAAUGUCGCGACCGAGAGUGGAAGAGUACAGGGAGGAUUACCAUACUGGACACUGAUCUUAAUAACGACUUGCCUCAGUGGGUAGAAAGUGGCAAAUACAAGAUAGACGAAAAUGACCGCUAUAUCUUUGCUUUUGAGUUCAAUGAGGUAUGGUCAAUGUCGCCAUAUUGGUUUCGCUGUGGUAUUAACGCCUCGUUCGCUAAAGGGCCAGAUCUGGUUGAGUGGAUAUCCCAGUACAACGUGACAGGAUGUCCUGAGGGCCAGUAUGGUAUAUACUGUGACAAGAACUGUGUUUGUAAGAACGGGGCCCGGUGCCAUGGCUUUAACGGUGCCUGUGAAUGCCGUCUGGGUUGGAGAGGGAGGGCCUGUGAUAUUCCCUGGCCCGAGGUGGGUAUUGAAGAGACACCUGGCGCUUCAGUAAAAACUUACAUCGGUACCAAUCUGACUUUGACCUGCUUGGCUCCACAUAUCCGCGUGGCAAAUAUGACAUGGGCUUAUCAAACACGAAAAACACGUAACGACACAAAAUACAUCGACGAAGGGACAGUCCAGAACAGUUCUAUCAGCUUCCAUCCGAUCCUAGAACCAGAUAACGGCAAGUAUAUCUGCAAUGUACAGGCAGAAGAUGGUCAGCUUUUCAAUGCGACUUUCAUACUAAACGCUACCGAAUGCCGACCAAACUAUCAUGGGGAAGAAUGCAGCCAAGUGUGUGAUUGUGAGUACGGAGGGACGUGUGACAGGUGGGAGGGGUGUCUGUGUCCUGCAGGCCGUCGCGGAGACAGGUGUGAGCACGAGUGCGCACCUGGCACAUUCGGGUGGAACUGCAGUAUGAAGUGCAACUGUGAAAACAACUUAAUGUGUGAUCCAGUCAAUGGCAGCUGUAUUUGUGUUGAAGGACAGUCGGGCCAGUUUUGCCAGAGCAUCUCUAUUUCUGACAAGAAUCAAGUGGUAGUUGUAGUGUUGGCGUCCGUUAUUCCGGCCAUUGUUCUAAUCGGCUGCAUCGCCAUUGGAAUCCUAGUGAACCGGAGUCGCCGACGAAAACAAGAACAGCCAACAGUGGACACAGAAAUCGCGUUCGUCAUGGAAACCCUUUUGUCGUGGGAAGUAAAUAAAGAGGACCUUCACUUGGAGCACAUGAUCGGGGAGGGAGAGUUCGGCCAUGUCGUACGGGCAAGACUGCACGUGCCGGAGUUAGGCUACGAGGUCCUGGUCGCCGCUAAAACUAUCCGGCCUGACCGCAUGACUGGGUCGGCUGUUCGCGACUUUCGCCGAGAAAUGGACAUACUCACGAGAAUCCACGAGGAGGACAAAGAGGGACACCCGAAUGUUGUGAAGCUCUAUGGAUUUCUGACCCAGUCGGAGCCUCAGUACAUCCUGGUAGAGUACGCGAGCAAUGAAGAACUCCGUCGGUACCUGUGGAGUUUGCGUGAACAGUGCAAGAUCACGGGGGACAGAAAAAUGUUAGAACGUCUCGGUUUUGCCUGCGACGUUGCCAGUGGGUUGGCAGAGCUGGCACGUCUGAAGAUCGUGCACCGGGACAUCGCAGCCCGUAACGUUGUCAUCAGCGACAGAAAAGUGGCCAAGAUCGCCGACUUCGGACUGGCGCGUGACGUCUACGUGUCGUCGGCGUACGAACGCACCGAGCAGGGCAGGGAGGAGGAACUGUUGCCGCUGAAGUGGAUGGCCGUGGAGUCGUUACGGGACGGGGUGUUCACGUGUGAGAGUGACGUGUGGUCGUACGGCGUGCUGCUGUGGGAGAUCGCCAGUUUUGGGGAGGAGCCGCGCUACGCUGGCGGUCCGAUGCACCCCGACGUCUGCACGAUGCUGGAGCUGCUGAGGAAAGGCGUCCGUCUGCAGCAGCCGGAGAACUGUCCACUGCCGGUGUACCGCAUCAUCAGGUCCUGCUGGGUUUUUAACCCAUCGAGGCGGCCAACGGCUGACGAGCUGUUCCGGAAGAUUGACCUGCUGACGCCACAGAGACACGCUGUGCAGCAGAUCAACAAUCGAUAAGGAAUUUUCAGACC